AUGGGAUACGUCCACACCGCCAACCGAUGGGACUGCAGCGGACCAGCAGAUAACCAGACGCCCGGGACGGGUACAGAUAUUUGUUUCGCAUCAGCACCCUACACGACUGUCACCAAGAACAUCUCCACCUACGGCAGCUGGAAGACAUGUGCAGGCUGGGACGGCGUGCAGCGCGAUGUUCACAUCGACAGCUUGUUCAUCGACGAAGCGCCUGGUCAGGAUAAUCUCAAGUUUGGCACGUACAUGACGAACCUCACCAACUUCGCGAAACAGAAUUUCAUGAAACCCGCCAACAACGGUACUGUGCUCUUCAACGCUGGAGCGCAAACCGAUUCUCGCUACUUCAACGUCGCAGACACCAUCAUCGUGCUGGAGAACACCGAGCAAGUCUAUGAAAGCAUCCCCGACAUCGGCGCCUGGGUCUGGGGUUCUGGAACAAGGUAUCCUUCCAAGGCGUCGAUUCUGUUGUAUAAUCACACGACUACGCAGGGCACGACAACGACGUAUAAUACUGUUGCGUACAAUGUGGAUACGACUCUGAACAGGAAGCAUGAUGCUUUUGAGAGUGUGUUCAUUUUGAAUUUGAUUGGGAAUCAGUAUGCGGAGUUAUCGACGAAUUGGGAGAAUAUUGUCAAGGCUGUGAAUGAUACGGUCGUCGCGAAUAGGAUUUGUGUUGCAAGUAGGACUUGUUGA